AUGAUUUAAUCUAAAAUGUUAGAAGAUGAAGAAGAGCUUCAUUGUUCUUUUAAUCAUAAACUUCCUAUUUUGAUGGUUGCAUGUGAUUUAAAAUUAAAGAAGAAUCAAAGACUUUUAUGCUCUGAAUGUAUUGAAAAUUUAGAAUCGCAACCAUAGUUAAUGAAUUUUAAGAAAGCCUUAAAAAUUAUUGAAGAAAAUUAAAAAUAAAAGAAAGAAUUCAUUGAGAAUGUGAUAAUGAUUAACAUAAAACUGAUUGAANAUUUAAUUAUUCAUACAUCCUUAUUAAAAUAAAAACGAAGUAAUUCUUUAAUAAAGAUUUGA